UCAUUAAUUCUUUUCACAGAUGAAGUGCGCACUGGUACUUACCGCCAGCUAUUCCACCCUGAGCAACUGAUCACUGGCAAAGAAGAUGCCGCUAACAACUAUGCCAGAGGGCAUUACACGAUUGGCAAAGAGAUCAUUGACUUGGUCCUUGACAGGAUUAGGAAAUUGGCCGACCAGUGCACAGGUCUCCAGGGUUUUCUGGUCUUCCACAGUUUUGGUGGUGGUACUGGCUCUGGCUUUACAUCCUUGCUGAUGGAGCGCCUGUCCGUUGACUAUGGCAAGAAGUCCAAGCUGGAGUUCUCCAUCUACCCAGCUCCCCAAGUAUCCACAGCGGUCGUUGAGCCCUACAACUCCAUCCUGACCACCCAUACCACCCUGGACCACUCCGAUUGUGCCUUCAUGGUAGACAACGAAGCCACUUAUGACAUUUGCCAACGGAACCUUGACAUCGAGCGCCCCACCUACACCAACCUCAACCGCCUUAUCAGUCAGAUCGUGUCCUCCAUCACAGCUUCCCUGCGAUUUGAUGGUGCCCUGAAUGUAGAUCUGACAGAAUUCCAGACCAACUUGGUGCCCUACCCCAGAAUCCAU